CGGCCAGUCAGUCCAAUUUGGAACGUGAGUCGCGACGGUCUUGUUUUCGGGAAAACGUGGCUCUUUUGUGUUUUUCUGUCGUGAGAGAAUUUUGUUUCACAGUGUGAAUGCUUGUGUCCGUUUUGGUGUGUGAGUGGUAUAUAUUUUGCUCUCGCGUAUGCAAUUCUCUCAUCUCAUCUGUUGUUACUCUGGAGGAAAUCUUCGUCCACCCACCACCAGUGGUGUCGUCAUCCGCGUGUGCGAGACGUCUCACAUCGGCCGGGGUCAAAGGGGGACAUUCUGUAUUUUUACCGUCGCGCGCGUUCGAAGAGCGACGCUUGAAGAGACUAGAAGUGUUGUUUUACCGCGAAAGCAAUAUAAGCAAACGGCUGCUCCAACAACGGGAGAAGUUUCAUUGUCUAAGCCAUCCAUCCAUCAAGACAUGCCCUUCGAGCGUAACACAUGAGACACGAAAUUAGUCUAUACAAGUGAAAAUCAAUCAGCUGACAUCCUGAGAUCCAGCAAGCCGUUGAAAGAUUCUCCAGUAAGCGAUAGAAGUUGUUAAGCUUAUCAUAAGCAACGAUAAAUAGCAUCGGUUUUUGGUGCAUUGACGAGAAAAAUGCAGAGUUAAUUCGCAGUAAUCUAUAAGCCCAUCAAUAUCCAAACAAUUUGAAAGAUUCAAAUUCUUGCCUUUGCUAUUAAAGCUUCUAAGAUCACAGCAAAACAUCAUUGCAGCGAUUCCAGUUCGUCGAUUGCGUGUAGUAAGAUAUCGAAUAAAGAGGAAUGUGAGUUUCGAUUGAAAAAUAUUACAAAAAAUGCAAGGCGGAAAGGUAAAAAUUAUAGUUAAAGUGAAACAACAACAAAAAAAUUGAUUUUUUUCGCAAAGAAACACGAGGAAUUGAGCUCGAUGCAUUAACAACGGCGUUCAUUAGUGUCAUUCCACUUUGGCAUUUGGAUGAUAUCUCAGUGCUCUAUGAUAGGUUUUACAAAUAGUUAAUUCCACGGCCUGAAUAAAAAUUGUGAAUAGUGUGGUUGGAGUAAACUCAGUGCAUCUUGUAGAUUUGAAUACCUUAGAAAAUCAAGGGACCGGCAAAUUUUUACCCGGCAGUAGAACAUACCGUAAAAAAAUGUUCAAGUGUGUGCAAAAAGUAAAAAAGUGAAAUGUAUAUAUAAUCAUGUGUCUUUGACGAUUCUAAAACAAUUGGAACUCGAAAAAGUGCCAGAAUUAAGUGCGAAAGGUGGAAGAGGUGGGCGUUGUUUUUGUAUCCUGAACUGGAAGCGUUACUUGGUACCCAAUGACUUUUGGGAAAAACAAUGAAUUGAAAACCCGUUUUAUUGUAGUUUUGGUGUUCAUAUUCGGAGCGAGGGUCAGUUGUGGCAAUUACAUUCGUUUAAACCCGGAAUAAAUAAAAUCAGCGAGGACUUACACCGAGCAACGAACACGGAACGAAAAAUUCGAACAGCCUCCGUUGCACGAGCCUCUCACCGGUUAGCAAUCGAUCCUGCUUCGGUCAGCGAUGGCGAAAGCGGAUUCUAUACAAAAUGGAAUCAAAACAGAAACCACAGACGACGUUGAAAAAUCGUUGGAGCUGCUCGAUAAGGUCCUGUCCGAGUUCGAAGACGAACAAGAGGUAGCACACGCUCCGGUGGAACCGGACAGCCCAUCACAGGGUCAUCAGUCAGAGGAUGAUGGGUACAUGAGCAUGAAUGGCCGCAGGGCAAAAUUCGUACCUGAUUUUCAACCGACUGACGAAGCAAAUGUACCCUCGCCACCACUUCCGGUGCCACCGGACGGUAAAUACUCACCGCCAUCGCCCGAGGAAGCAGAACGAAUCAUUUCCAAUUUGCUACCAAGAAUUUCCCCGCUUACAUCGCCUGCCCGAAGGACCAACAGUACCAGUAGCAGUAGCAACACUCGAAGUCCGGUGCACAGUAAUAUUUAUCACCAGCAUCAUCGUAACAGUGCAGGUCACUCCGAGUGGCGCACACGGAAUGUGAUGCGCCACUCGGAUUCGAUCUGCAGUUCUGUCAGUGAUAAACUCCCCUCGAACGAUGUCACAGUUAUUGCCAAAAGUCCUACACAGACGACACUGCCAAAAACUCGUCCCUCCAAUGUUUUACCUACACGGUACGCAAGUCUUCCAUGUUCCAGCCCUCCCAAACAGGCGGACCCGAGCGAGCCCAGUGGAGGAAGUUUAGACGACGGGCGCAACAAACUGGGUGGCAUCGGUAUAAGCGCUGUGCACGAUGCCGUCCUGCGAGGGAUGACGAGAAUGCCAGAACCAAUAGUUAACGAGCACCCAGUGACUAUAUACCCCGGUAGAGCUUCCCCUCCUCGGCGAAUUUUGUCUCGAAACCUUUCAAAUUCCAUCGAGCGACAUCGAGAUGUUUCUCGAAAAGGAAACUACGCGUCGGACAAUUCGUCCUCGCAGGGAAAUUCUUCGCCCGAAAAUAAUGAAUCUGAAAACAACUCAUCACUGUCACCAACUAACGGUGUACAAAUCAAUAUAAACUACAAUACCAACCUGGUCAGCAAUCGAAUAUUUACAAGCGGCAUAGAUUAUGUACGACCAUCCCGCCAGCGAAUGCACCCGGACAGCGACGAGGAGCGGUUUUCGGAAGACUCUCUCGAAGAGUCAUCCUUACCACCUCCACCGGGACCACCGACGGUGCCUCCACCACCAUCGCUGUCCGCUCCAGUGACGCCUAGCAAAAGGCACAGCAUAGCCUGGGAAGUUAAUUUGGACGAUCCAGCCAGUUUCGAAGAUCCGUUAACAAUACCAAAGAUGGGCUCUGGGUGCACAAAGGUAGUUGGCAGGCGGAAGACAGGAAAGAAUGUGAACGAUUCACAAUCGAGUCUUGAGUCCACACCAAGUAAUAAAAAGUGCGAAUCAAACGAAUGGCCCGAUCCACCCGAUAUUCCAAUUUGCAGCACUGAAGAUGAAGCGGCCUCGUUAUAUUCUGAUUCGGACGAGCUAAUUCCUCACAUUCCGGACAUCAGCGGUCGUGGAACAUAUAUCAUACGGAAAGGCCGUCGAAGGCAACGGUUGGAAAGUGUAGACUCCAACGCUAGCAAUAAUCUACCAAUCCCCGGUAGUGAACCUAUGCCUAGUACUACCCUUCCAAGCCCAGUCUUUCCCGCAUCAAUGAUGAUGCCCAAGUCAAGACAUAGCAUCGAUUUAGGUCUGUCUUCCUCGUUUAGCAGUAACGGUGCGAUGAAACCCUCACACUCUGCUCCCCAGCAACUACCAAGCUCAGUUCUUUCACCCAGGUCACGACUAUCAUUAGAUUUAAGUUCACCUACCUCAGAGCUUUCAACGAAUGCUAGGAAAAUCACAACCCCAACCGGAAUUAUACCGACGCAACUGCAACAACAACAACAACUUCUACAAUCCUUACAAUCCCUCAACAACAACAAUAAUAACAGCCUCAACAACAAUAAACCUAACCAAAGCAGCAACAAUAACUCUAGCACAGCUUGUGUAAAUAACAAUAAUAGUAAUAAUAAUAGUAUCGCCGUUGGCGCUGGUAGCCUCGUCGGUUCAGUACUGACAGUAGGAAACGGAAACGGCUCCCAGUGUGCCGCGCUAAACCAACAACAACAGCAGCAGCCAAUAGUUUCGUCACGCUAUACCGAGUUUAAAACGUACAGUUCCACCUUCGAUGGUCUGCAAGCACUAGAGAAUAGCAACAGCCAGAACAACAAUAACAAUAGCAGCAACAAUAGCAUUAAUCGUGGUGCCACCAUCGGAAAUGGUUCCACCGUUGUAUCCGCUUCCGACAAUGACAAUUCGCUAAUGCGAGUAUCCUCGUUGCCGACCGUCACGUCUCCACACUCCGGUGUCGCAACAGCCGAUGGCCUCUCCACGCCUCGCCGCGAACUUGCUCCACCGAUCGAAGAAGACGAAGAGGUGGACAGCGACACCCAACGUGGCGUGCCAUUACGUAAAAUAGAAGAUAAUAUUAGUGCUUUAUUACGUGGUGAUAUAUCUGUUGCUAGAGUAUCCGACAUACCUCCCGCGAGACGUCCAUUAGGUUUUCGUCUAGGUGUUCAUAAAUCAGAAAGUGCCAAAGAAAUGCUAUUAUCGCAAGCUGGCUUAGGGCCUUUACCGCCAUCGCCACCAUCUUCUAGUCCGGAUCAGGAUAGCGAUGAAUUUCCGCCAUUGCCUCCAUCUCCUCUUGAAGAGCCUGAAGUUAUACACCAGAUGCACGGUAUUUGCAUCACUUCACGCAACAGGUCUAGUGGUAGCAGACACGACAGUCAUUCUCGAGAGGAACACCCUCCUGCAGUUCCACCACACCGCGGACCGUCUAUCAAUACGCUUAAAACAAGAUCAAUGGAUGCUGGCUUUAGCAAAUCGUACCGCAAUGGCUCGCAUGCCCCCACGUCUCCCCAUGCCCCCACGUCUCCCCAUGCCCCCGGAACCCUUCCUCCUGACUUGCCCGGUUGCAAUUCUCGACGAAGAAUCAUCACUGGCGGUUAUCAAAAGCGAACCGCUCAGAGUCCACGCGAAGAAAGAUCCCUGCAGACAUCCUGCAGUCUACCAGAAACGCCCAUUUUUGCUAGGGGCAGCUGUGAUAUUCCUCGAACGCCACACCGUAGAGCGCCGGAGGUUCCUCCACAUGGCAGCGGUAGUCGAACUGCUCCGCGAACUAAUACUGGCACAACCAGCAGUUUAGGGUCGUCGGUCGUCGGUAUUGGUACUUCGACUGUCGGCGGACGACAACGCAGCAUCAGUCAAGCUUUCGCUAACGGUGAAAUGUUACGCUUAGCAGGUGGACCGGCACGUGGCUGGUAUCCAAAGCAGCGCCAUCCACGCCCUGCUUCGACUGAGCAUCUGGACCGGCUUCAUCCGCAGGGAUCACUGCGCGCCUGGGAAGCGGGUACGGGUAGCAGAAAACCGCUCACCCUACCACCUAAUCUCACACCUAAAUUUUUCAACAAGUCACCGCGAGAGGCUUUACGCCGUGUCACUAGUUUGUUAAUUCGAAAAGGACAUACAGGCUCAAAAGAAAAAGAAUCCAAAAAAGAGAAGGACCGGAGCGAUCGGGAAGCGUACACUUCGUCGUCUGUUUAUCUGCAACGUUCUCCGGGCUCGGAUGUAACAGAUUCCGGAAGCUAUUCUCAUCAUAAUCAUCACAACCAACAGCAGCAGCAGCAUUAUCAUUCUUCACAACAGACACCUACGACGCAGAAAAAAAAGGGUUUCUUCAAAAGCUUAUGGAAAAAAUCCCGCCACUAUUCGCUAGAGAAGCAAUGAAGGAAAGGUUAAUCUUUGAUCUGUAGGAUAGUAAACUGGUAACAAAUAUUUAUACACUUUGUAUCCACGGGUGGAAGUACUUUAACCAACAACAAAAUACUUUAACAGCAAUCUCAAUUUAUUGGCCUAACUGAGAAAAAAAAACGAAAGUAAGAAUCAGUUAUAACUCUUAACGGAUGCCACACAAGAUUAAUAUUGCACUAAACUAGAAAACUAGGAAAGCCCUUCUACAAGCCACUCGCUCAUUCUAACCAACAUUACUACAACCCUAGAACCUUUAUCAAGGAGCGCAAGAUAGAAAACAGUUUGUAACUUUUAAAAAACAGCACAAACAAAUCAAUUGAAAAAAAAAUCCACUUCCACGCGAAAACGCUUAUCACAAACAUCGUCAUCACAACAAAUAUGGCAUCGAAUUUCAUUUCCCUCAACUGCUUUAUAGCAAACAUUUAGUAUAGGGCUACGUGAUGGUGUUUAUCUGUAACUAAGUCGGUUCAACUAUCAAGGAAAAAUAAACUCUUUUUUAAGGUCUUUCAUUCUCAAUUUGAAACAUUCCGAUACUCUGAUGUAUAUUGUUAUCGUUGGGAACAGCAUGCUUUGUCAACCCGAGGAAAGCGGAAUGGAAUAACAUAAAAUGACCGCUCGUUCGGAAGUGAAUAAUAAGUUAACUCAAAAACGUUCAAUUCUAUUAGAUCAUCCAUUCAGUAUGUAAUCGAUUUAUACAUAAAUACCGCAUACUUAGAGGAGUGUGAAAGUAAUUUCGAAACCCAGUAGUACAGACAGAAACAGCUGUAGAAGUGUAGGAUAAAUAUUGCAGAAAUGAAACGCAAAUAUGAUGAUAGGCUUAUUUCAUGAAGCGCAGAAUGUUGUUAUAGACGAGAGUGACGUAUCGUAGUAGAUUCAGUAUGUUGUGUAUAGAAGUGAGUUAAUUGUGUACAGAUGUUAGUUAUCUUUAUUUCCGUUUAGUCAGUCACGCAGUGCUGUGUUUGCAAGGCAUCUUUUAUGUUUUUAUUUUGUUUUAAUGAUAUUCUGGUUAUUUGUUAUCUUUGAAAUUAUAAUUCUCGAUAUUUGUUUAUUAUUCUCGUUUUAUCAGACUGUGAAUGCAUAUAAAUUUUAAUUUUAACAACACGGUACUAAUCUCAGUUGGAAACUUUUCAGAUAUCUCAGAAAGUGAACCUAAAAUUUCCUUUAUUUAUGAAGCACAUUAGCCCAAAUAAAACCCAUUUUAAUCAUCUGA